CACACUUGACAAAGCCUUACUCAUCCUUCUGUUUCGUAUGAGAAAGCAUCCAGAAAUCACUAGUCCCGUUUUUUCAUCCCCACCAGCCACUAAUUCCUUAAUUCCUUAAUUCCAGGCGGUGGCUUGCCGGGUGAUGUCAUCGCCCGCUUGUCUGUCUUCCCCGCGUCGCUUCCGCUCAACCUAUCCGCAACCUCAUCAACAAAUCAACAAAUCCACAAUCCCACAAAUCCACGAUUCCACACAGGAGCACUUGACUUCCCUAUGGACGGCGACGAUCCACUAGUCCAGGCUCUACCGCCAGCGACCGACUAUCUUACUUACCUCACCCUCCUCGAAUACCAGCUGACCCCCGAACGCCUACCCCUCUUGCACCGCCUGCUUCAAGAUGAGAAGCUCACCACCAACAUCGGCUGGGAUUUGGUGAAGUUACUCCUGCCUAUGCUGCCUGCCUCGACCGAGUGUUUACAGGAUGUAGCUCGUCUAGGAAAUCCCCGAGAAGUCAUUCUACGCGUGUGCGAGGCUCUGGAAAAUUUGCAGCCGGAGGAUGAUGGGGACGAGGACGACGAGGGAGAAGCUGAAGAGGCGAGCAAGGCGCUGCCCAAACACAUUCUGCAAUUCAACUGCCUUCUAGCUAUGCUAUCAAUCUUGCACACCCGCCUCCAGGCAAAGCGUCCCAGUCGGUUCAUCGCCACCUCUCUCAAAGCUGCCCUCGAAGCAUACGAGACGGUGACAUGCGAUGAGACCACCCUGGCUCUCCUCGAAUUCUUCCGCGAUCUAUCUCCCAACAAGCGCCCAGCACCGCCACCUCGUGCCCCCAGCGAGUCGAGCGUUCUUCGUGUCUCGGAGGCAUCUGCGCCAGAUCCGGAGGCUGAGGUGCAGUCACCUUCACUGGCCAAGGACAAUGAAACACAACUGGUUCGCAAGUUCGUCCAAUUCGGCUUGCUAGAAAUGCUCAAGCUAUAUCUAUUGAAUUUCUCGGGCCCAAUGGAUCCCGGUAUGGCGUGGACAAUCCGGAUGCAGGAGAAAUUGAAUCCCCAUCUGCGGCUCCCGGCACAAUCUCAGACGGACGCAUAUGGGAGCAUCAAGGAGUUAAGGGAACGAGAUAUGAUCAUGGGAAAGAUUGUCGCUCUUUCGCGAGAUGUGGGCAUUGACAGCAAUGACCUUCUCUCCAUCAUUUCCCGGUCGCCCGAGCACCAGGCUUCUCAACUGGACUUUGACGAGCUUCCAGAGAUAGCAGAUCAGAUUCCCUUAGAGCGACAUGGUUCUCUGCUGCUCCUUGCGGCUCGAGCUGCUGGGGCCGUACUGUUCGAAUCCUCCGCGCGGUCGCCGCCUUCUGUGCCAGUUUUCCCAGAUCUCGCUCGGAUUUUCCCCCAUUUCCUUGGGAGUAGUGACAAUUUAGAAGAGGUGGCUUUCGGGCAACCGCACGCUCUUUUGGAUUCUCUGUUGGCUUUGACUAUCCACGCGACACAGUCACCCGUUGCCGUACCCUCUGAUGAUGCUGAGUUUGAGAAUUUCCUAUUUAUUUUGACCGCGUGUACUGCGAGACAGAGUCACGGCAUAGUCCGACAAAUCCCAGCGAUAAUAUUGCGCAGCCAUCCAUCGCCCACCGCUCGGUUCAAGGUCAUUCGCGAGAUCCUGGAGAACAAACGCCUUCAGUCUGUACGCGAUACUGCCAUUUCCUGGCUCAAAGAUGAGAUCAUCAGCACCAAACCCUCUGAGUCACCCGAGGAUGUCUUCCACGACCCGCUAUGGUUUUCGUCCAUCUUCUCGCUUCUGCUGCGCCCCGUUGACGCCGAUCAUUGUUCCAAGAAUCUGGUUGAGAGCUGGAGCCGUCUUACGCAAUCCGAAGGUCCAUCUCUACACUCUGCGCUGAACCUGUACUUCCUUGCUCUCUCGUCAAAUGACCUGCGUGAUCAUUUGGAGCUUGAAAAGACGGUCAAGUACUUCCGUACCCAAGUUCUUGUCCCACUUCGACAGAUAUUCCGGGCUUUCGAAAGUGAUCUCACUGCCAAGGGAGGCGAUGGCCUGAUUGAAGAAGCCGUCGGAGAGGAAAUGUGCCAGUUCGGCAUUGCCAAUUCUGUGGGGCUUAUCGGACUCACCCUCGAUCAGAUCGAGGAGGUGAUCAAUGAGCACUUUGGGACUGACGAUGCAGAUUUAAAGGAGUACUCGACUGAUGAGGAGGCACGGGUUGCGGAAAUCCGGAAGCAAAGUGAAGGGUCAGCUUUGUGAUGAGGAAGGCCUGGGCUGGGAAGUGGACGUGCUCGGAGGUGUGUUUAUGCAUGUAAAUCUGACUUUGAUAUUCUGGGCUGGCCCAUUGAAUCACACAUAUCAUUUGCAAAGAUUUUGACAUUUCCAUACACUCAUGUCCACCGAAGUCAACUGCAUGGGACGAACACAAAUCAAGACAUGUUGUCCAACGUUAAGAGAAUCGAGUCUUGAAGUUUGCCUGAUUCUGUAAUGCAACCGAUAGGUCCGGCACUGUUUCAAAGCCCAUUUACAAGCUCUACGAACCUCGUCAACCUUAAGCAAACUUGAAAACCCUUUCUUAAGAAACUGGACUACGAAUGGACAAGCAGAAAGGAUUAGAGGCCAAAAUUGCAUUCCUAGCAGCCACUCAUGAUCAAUAAGAUAAGAGAGAAUAUCCCCAACCACAAACACACCAAGCGCCCCAGAAAGCAAAGCCAUUGGAACUCAAAACCCGAUCCCCAAACGAAGCAAAUCACCAACACGCUUUAGUAGAUUUAGUGCUCUCUCAAAAAGUGCAGCUGAAAGGAACAAUUCGCAAAGUCGCAACCCCCAUUUCUACAUCACACCCCCAAUAUUCCCAAGUCCACGAAAGAGGCAGCGAGAAUCAGGGCCCCAAAGGCCACCUGAGCUUUUUUUGCCAAUCCGGCAAGCUGAUCUACAUUCUGUUCCUGAGGUUCAGAAGCAGAAGUAGAAGGAAGUGUCUUGCUGGCAGACAGGCGAGAUGUCGAGGAAAGAAGGAGAAAAGCUCCAGAUAGACCAGAAGAAACACUGGCACCAUUGCCGCGAAAAGAAUGAACUGGACAGAAAACAACGAAAGGCAAAUAGCAGUUGAUCAUGUUUUUGAGAGAGAUUUUUUGUCAAAGGUUGGUGGUUAUCUCGUAAAGAUCGAAGGAUGAGUUGGUGGGAUGGAUUGGAUUGUGCAUUUUGUUGUCGCCCAUUGGCCCAAACCAGCGAUCAGGUUAGGGCAUCAUGGUGGAACGCGAGGCAGGUGGUUGGGGGGCGUCAGUGCAAGGAGCUUACAUAACGACGCAGCCACCACCGGGG